AUGGGAAGGCUUGAAUCAUUGACGGCUUGGGCAUUGGGUCGGACACCAUAUGAAGAUCAAGUAAUCUGGCCCACCCCACCAGAUAUUUUUGAGAAUUCUGGCUAUAUACAGAUAUACGAUGAACAUGGCCAUCCAAGGAAUCCAGAGACAAAACGGAGAGAACGUGAGAACAUUCGUGCAGCCAAUGAAGUAAUGCAAGUCACGGGUAUUGUCGAAGAUUUGACUGCUGUGAGGGCAGCUGCGAAGCUACACAACACUCAAAAGAUUGACGAGACAAUCAGAGGUCUACGAAUAUUAGAAGCUGGUCGUGCCACACUCCAUGCUGGUGUUUGGGGUGUCAUUGCCUUUAGGCGAAGGGUUUUGAUCGUAUUCUGA